AUGGUGCCAAUGGAACUUUUAACUCCGCAUUUGUCCACAAUAAAAAUACCAACAUCCCAACAAUUAGUAUAUAAAGAUGAAUGUGUUCUUUCGUUCGACAACCCGGAGUCUGAAACAGGACUUUACGUUUCACUGACAUCUUUCCUUGGCUUUGGUCGUAAUUAUGUGGAUCAUUACUAUCAGAAGACGAAAAAUGCUGUGUUCCUACAUAUUACAAGAAGCAAAGCUCUAGCAGCUCACGAGGAUGCAGAGGAAACAGGCGAUGGACCUGAGAAGAAAAUUACUCGACUCGCGAUUGGUGUUGAAGGCGGCUUUGACCCCGAAUAUGGAAAACGGAAGUACAUAUACACAGACCACUAUAAUGUGGUGGUGUUACCUGACUACCACGUGUUCCCGUGGCCUAAUGAUGCAUUACCUGAAGUGGUCAAGAUGUCGGUUCAAGGAAUCAUAGAUGCGCAAUCUCCCUUUAAAAUAGCCGAAAUGGCUGCAUUGCAAGGCACUUGGGAUGGAGAGAAAAGAGAGGUUUCCGUACACUCAGUCAACCUCAAACAGCUAGACAACGGUGUGAAGAUACCACCGUCGGGUUGGAAGUGUGAAAAAUGUGACCUCACUACCAAUUUGUGGCUAAAUCUAACAGAUGGAUCUAUUCUGUGUGGCCGAAGAUUCUUUGAUGGUUCCGGCGGAAAUGACCACGCAGUGGAGCAUUACCGAAAGACCGGCUACCCUCUAGCGGUGAAAUUGGGAACUAUAACAAUAGAUGGCAAGGGAGAUGUGUUUUCAUACGCUGAAGACGAUAUGGUGGAAGACCCGUACUUGGCUGAUCAUUUGAAGCACUUCGGUAUUAAUGUACAACAAUUGCAGAAGACUGAGAAAUCAAUGGUGGAAUUGGAAUUAGAAUUGAACCAGAAAACCGGUGAAUGGAAUACGCUUCAAGAGAGUGGGAGUGAACUGCAACCUUUGAACGGGCCAGCUCUAACUGGAUUGAACAACCUGGGAAAUUCGUGUUAUAUCAACUGUGUGAUGCAGGUUUUAUUCCGGAUGCCAGAUUUCGUCCAACAUUUCGUAGAUGGCGUUGGGGAAAUUUUCUCAAAUCUCCCCGAAGAUCCAGUCAACGACUUCAAUGUACAGACGGCAAAAGUUGGCGUAGGCCUGAUAUCAGGUCGGUAUUCCUUUCCCGGUGAUGAUAGCGGGUUCCAGCCAGGAAUAUCACUCCAUAUGUUCCGACAGCUUAUUGGCAAAGGUCAUCCCGAGUUUAUGACCAAGAGGCAACAAGAUGCACAUGAGUUCUACCUACAUUUCCUUACUCUAUUGGAGCGCAACAGCAGGCACAAACCAAACCCCUCCGACUGUCUCAAGUUAGUUGUCGAGGAACGUAUACAAUGUACGGAGUCCCUCAACGUGAAGUACGUUCGAAGACCGGAACAUUAUUUGCCUUUGCCCGUUCCAGUCGCGGCGGCCACUAAUGCCACUCAAGUAAGAGAAUACGAGGCAAGACGGGUGGAGGCAGAAGCUAGCGGACAGAGAUUAGACCCAUCACAAACAGUCCGUCCGAACAUCCCGUUCAAGGCUUGCCUCGACAGCUUCAUGAGGGAAGAGUCCAUUGAUCAAUUCUUCAGUUCCGCUGUUAAUAAGAAGGUCACAGCUAAGAAGAUCACUCGUUUAGGGACAUUCCCAGACUUUUUGUGGAUUCAGCUGAAGAAAUUCACUAUCAAAGAAGACUGGACGCCCGCAAAGCUUGAUGUAGAAGUUGAUAUGCCGUGGGAGAUAGACCUAAAGAGUUUGCGAGGUCAUGGACCACAGCCCGAUGAGACGCUUUUACCGGAAUCAAGUCCAGACACUCCCGCGCCGGUCUACGAUGAAGCUUUGCUGGCACAGUUAUUGGACAUGGGCUUCCCAAUAGAGGCGUGUAAGAAGUCCCUCUACUUUACAAAUAACUCCGGCAUGGAGGCUGCGUCUAACUGGCUCAUGGAACAUAUGACUGACUGGGACUUUGCAAACAAGUUUGAGCCGCCCGGAUUUAAAUCAGACAAUGCGGUGACAGUGGACCCAGCGAGCGUGGAACAGAUAAUUGGCAUGGGCUUCACAGCAGCCCAAGCGGCCAAAGCUCUCCAGGCCACGGAAGGGGACGUUGGCAGAGCCCUGGACUGGAUCUUCAGCCGGGCAGAACAACUGGAUGUUGACGAAGAAAGUGUCCCGAAAGACAAUAAUUUCGGAUGCAGGGAUGGUGAAGCGAGGUACAAGCUGGUGGCGUUCAUAUCUCACAUGGGCACAUCGACAACGGUCGGCCAUUACGUAUGUCACAUAUUACGUCAAGACGCAUGGGUCAUAUAUAAUGACAAUAAGGUGGAGUUGUCUCUGAAUGCACCCAAAAAUCUUGGAUAUCUUUAUCUAUACCAGCGUAUUGAGCCUUAA